GGCUCGUCUCCAAAUUUGAAAGCAGACCUCAGGGCUUCGUUGGGCGAACUUGUCGGAAUGCUGAUAUUUAUCUUUCUUGCCUUAUCUGGAGCCCAAACUAGUCUCAGAGCACCUCUUCCAAAUCUUGUUGGUGAUGGCCUGAGUUUAACUCAAAUCGAAAGUAUAUCUUAUAGUUUUGGUAUUGGUAUUGCAGUCGCCCUCUUUGUUUGUGCUCAUAUAUCAGGUGGUGUCUUGAAUCCUGCGGUGUUACUCAGUCUUGUCCUCACUGGCAACAUCAAUUGGCUUCGAGGCAUUUUUUUCUUUGUCGCCGAGAUCGUUGGUGCAAUUAUAGGUGCAUACUUUGCUCGUUUUAUUGCUGCUCAGAACUUUCAAGGCGCAAACGUACUCAACACAAGUUACAAUUAUGCACAAGGGUUUUUUUUAGAGUGCUUAUUAACAUGUGUCCUAUGCUUGACUGUUCUCUUUGUCAUUAUUGAUAGGCGCUUACUGUCGGAUUUCGCGCCCUUAGUUGUCGGUGUUACAGUUUUCGUAUGUCACAUGAUUGCUACGCCUAUUGAUGGCACAUCUAUUAACCCUGCUCGUUCUUUUGCUGCUUCUGUUGUCACUGGGAGAUGGAGUGAUCAUUGGAUUUUUUGGUUUGGUCCACUUGUAGGUGGUAUAUUUGCUGUUAUGGUUUAUGUUUCAAUUAAGUUCUUG